AUGCCGGACCUCUCCCCGUCCAAGGGGGUGCUCUCAUGCCUGUACAGCAGGUGCGACAGUGCCUCUCAGUCCAAAGGCACGCAUAAGCUUCUCUUCGACCUCAUCCUCGACUACUACGACAAGGCGGUCGAUCGGCUGCCCGUUAAGGAGAUGCCGCCGGACGUUGACCUCCUCCGCCUCGUAGAAGGCUCCGGCUUCUGUUUCGGCCUCCUCGAUCCCGUCUCCAACAUUAUCUUCAACACCAUCUCCGUCCUACCGCACGACAUCGGAGCAACCCCAAAGCCAUCUUCUCCAUGCCGAAAGAAGUCCAAGAGGACUCUCCCCAAAAUCACUCGAAAACCUAAGUGGGACGAGAUUGCAUCGAAAUCUUACAAAGGUCUCAUUGAUUUCAUGCUGAGCUACUUUGGAUGCCUCAGCAAGGACCAGGCCGCCCGCUACCUCUUCUGGUCCAGCGCCGAUGUUAGCCUUGCCGUCAUGCUUGUCGAGUAUGAAUUUGGCACAGAUAAUCCUUUGCUCCCCUACCCUGGCUCCGAAAGGACGCAGGCUGCCCUCAAAAUGGCGGCGCUCGGAGCACGUCACACUGCACCCGACAGCUUUGUGCGGUUCGUGACGUCCCAGUACCCCAGGAACAUUCUGCUCAACUCGGCCCGUGUUCUGGCGGAUAGUGGCCGGAAGCUCCACAUUGCCGAUGUCAAAGGCAUUGUCGAUCUGGUGCACUCUCUGGACACGCCCUGCUACGAUGCCAAAGUAGCCCUGCUGCCGAACGGAAGAACUGUCUGCUACGUUCAGAAGAUCACCUUUCAUGGAGAAGUCCUUGCAGCAGAAGCAGUCACCAGCAAGAUUUCUGACCUCGGAGAUGGCUACAGCAGCAGCAGCACCACCACCACACUCUGCCCAGCCGGAUACCACAUCACAUAUGUGCGCCAUAUUGGAUUGGAGAGGCUAUCUUAUUGUUUGUCAGAGGCCAAUGCAGAAAAGCACAGGUUAAAUGCCGCGUGCGGAAACUCCUGUGAAUACCUACAGUCCCUUAAGAUGCGCCUCCUCCAGUAUAUCCAAACCUUCUACCUCACUGUGUUCUCCCGGCUACCAGCGGGCUGCGAGCACUUGAUCCGCAGCAUCCUUGUUGCUGGCCACUGCUAUGGCCCCAUGGAUCCCGUCAGCAACGUAAUUAUCAGCUCCAUCUGGUAUGACAGGUGGUGUCCACUCCCGGAGGCUGACCGCAAGGGGAUCCAAGCAUAUGACAUAUUGAACACCUGCUACAUGCUUCGAACACAAGCUCGUUCCCUAAAAGGCCUUCUAUGCUUAGCCUGUGCAUUGGACCCCACAUUGACGGAGGAAUGUGCUGCGAAGGCCCUUCGUGACAACACUUGCGACUUAUUUGGGAAAUUGUCGGGAGUGUUUCCACUAGGAUCAGGUUCUUCCAAUAUUUUUCAUAUGGCGGCCAAGGCUGCUGGACACCCUCUGCCUGCUGGCCUAGGAUUGCUUUACCAACAGCUGGCACAAGUGCCUGCGAGAUUUGCUCAGCUCUCCUCUUUGAUAACUUCGAGCAGGGUGUUAUCCCCUGAUGUUUGCAAUCAAAUAGCUGCCUUUCUGGAAGGGGAAUUCAAAAUCACUCCACAUGUGCAGAAUGAGUUGCAGGCUCAGGCUCCUAAACUAUGCAAAGAGGCAUUGAAAACACUGUCAAGAAAGAGAUCAGGACAUGGGUGCAAGACUGAAUUCAUUCGUUUUAAGCUUGCACAACUACUGGAUAAGUAUGCCUCUGAGCAUCCUUGGGAACCAAAAUAUGUGCUGAACUUCAUUUGUGGUGUGGAGGAAAGGGGUCCUUUAUUCACAGUGUGCUACCGUGUUAAUUUUAUGGCCACUCCCGAAUCACAGGAUGAGAACACACUUUUCUUUGCUGAAUUCUGGGUUUCAUAUCCUCAGCCGCCAAAACCAAAUUUCUGCUGCCCUUUGCAACAGCCAUAUAGUGGACGUUGCUACUUUGGCGAGGCUUCUGCAAGGAAGAUUGUUUAUCCGUGUUCCACAGAGUACUUUAUGUCUGACAUUACUGCAUAUGGAACAAAGGACGCAGAAGACAUACUAGACACCGAUUUUGUCUAUUUUGACUCUCGGAGGGACCUGAAGUUUGCAACCGAUGUGAACAGCUACUAUGCACCAGGGUUCCCUGUGCUAUCGAGGCCGAUUGUCUUGGCCACUGACGAGGAGCUAAAGAUGUUGGGCCCAUAA